CACCACACCAUUUCUUGCAGACUUAACACAAAUUAAAGAAGUUCGAGACUCAAGUGCGUAAAAUCUAGCUAUAUUCAUUUGGAGAAGAUGAAAGUUAUGGGGAUUCCUAUUAACUCAGUUGCAGCUGCUUACUCAAUUACGACCUCAUUAUCAUCUAUCAAAUAUUUACCUGAAUCGGCUGCUCAAUACCAUGUUCAUGAUUCUUCGGUUAAUGGGUCUCCAACACAAAGAAAAGUGGAUUCGGUCCUGAAAACGAUGAAUAAGCUAGGGAAGAAAGCUGACAAAUUUGCACGAGGAGUCAGAGAACAUGUGAGGCUAGCGCCAAAGAUAACUGAAACUGUGAAGGGAAAGUUAAGUUUAGGAGCAAAAAUUCUGCAAGUAGGUGGGCUAGAGAAAAUCUUCAAGCAGCUAUUUAAAGUUGGGGAAGGAGAGAAAUUAUUGACGGCUUGUCAAUGCUAUUUGUCAACCACAGCAGGUCCCAUAGCUGGCCUUCUAUUUAUCUCCACAGAGAAGGCUGCGUUUUGCAGUGAGAGAUCACUGAAAUUCUACUCUAAGAAUGGAAAAAUUGUCAGAAUUCAUUACAAGGUCUUGAUCCCACUUGAGAAAAUAAAGAGAGUAAAUCAAAGUGUAAAUAUGAAGAACCCAUCACAGAAAUUCAUGGAGAUAUGCACAGUGGACGAUUUUGACUUCUGGUUUAUGGGUUUCUUAAACUAUGAGAAAGCUUUCAAGUACAUUCAGCAGGCAAUUUCCCAGAGAGUAGAUUAUUUACAUGUCAAUUAUUAGUUGACUUAAGAAAUUUUUCUUCCCUCUGCUUCAUCUGAAUGUAUAAAUCCUUGAAGUGAGGAAAGUUACCAGGGUUAAAAUUAAUGUACAUUUUUUGUUAAUUAUAAUUAUAUGCUUUUCAAUUCGACCA